UUCUUUUAUUUUGUAUUUUACCACGUGGAUCAUGGCCUACUGAUGAAUUCAAAUUCUUCAUGAAAAGACUACCCAUGAAUUAUUUCCUCAACACAUCAACUAUAAUGCAUUUAUGGACAAUGGAUUCUAAUUUUCAGCGCCGCUAUGAACUACUGGAGACCAGCAUGAAACAGCUUUUCCUGAAGGCACAGAGAAUUGUCCACAAGCUCUUUAGCCUUAGCAAGCGGUGCCACAAACAGCCCCUCAUCAGCCUGCCGAGACAGAGAACUUCAACCUACUGGCUCUCUCGCAUCCAGUCUUUUCUCUACUGCAAUGAGAACGGCCUCCUGGGCAGCUUCUCUGAGGAGACACACUCCUGCACCUGUCCCAACGACCAGGUAGUGUGCACGGCCUUUCUGCCCUGCACCGUGGGCGAUGCGUCUGCUUGCCUGACAUGUGCACCUGACAACCGAACCCGCUGUGGCACCUGCAACACGGGCUACAUGCUGAGCCAGGGACUGUGCAAGCCUGAAGUCGCUGAGUCAACUGACCACUACAUUGGCUUUGAGACUGACCUGCAAGACCUGGAGAUGAAAUACCUGUUGCAGAAAACCGAUCGACGAAUAGAAGUCCAUGCCAUCUUUAUCAGCAAUGACAUGCGCCUAAAUAGCUGGUUUGAUCCUUCCUGGAGAAAGCGGAUGUUGCUGACCUUGAAGAGUAACAAGUACAAGUCCAGUUUGGUCCACAUGAUCUUGGGUCUCUCUUUACAGAUUUGCUUAACUAAAAACAGCACGUUGGAGCCAGUGCUGGCUGUUUACAUCAAUCCCUUCGGAGGCAGUCAUUCCGAGAGCUGGUUUAUGCCUGUGAGUGAGAGCAGCUUUCCCGACUGGGAGCGGACUAAGCUGGACCUCCCGCUACAGUGCUACAACUGGACACUGACUCUGGGAAACAAAUGGAAGACGUUUUUUGAAACAGUACACAUCUACCUGAGGAGCCGCAUCAAGGCAAAUGGCCCCAACAGCAACGAAAGCAUUUACUAUGAGCCUUUGGAGUUUAUUGACCCAUCCCGGAACCUGGGCUACAUGAAAAUCAACAACAUCCAAGUGUUUGGCUACAGCAUGCACUUUGAUCCUGAAGCUAUCCGGGACCUGAUUUUGCAGCUGGACUACCCCUACACUCAGGGAUCCCAGGACUCGGCACUUUUGCAGCUACUAGAGAUAAGAGACCGUGUAAAUAAACUCUCCCCACCUGGUCAGCGUCGUCUAGACCUUUUCUCUUGCUUGCUUCGUCAUAGACUCAAGCUGUCUACUAGUGAGGUGGUGAGAAUUCAAUCUGCUCUGCAGGCAUUUAAUGCCAAAUUACCAAACACAGUGGAUUAUGACACAACCAAAUUAUGUAGUUAACCGUAAAUGUCAAGCACAACCCAAAACCUUGAAGGAGUUUUUACAGUGCUUUUGUGGAACAGUUUAUGUUUGGAAAAGUAAAUUUAAAUUGUCUUUUCAAUAUCUGUCUUAUAUCAGUCGAUAACGUGGGAUGGCAAUUUACAUACAUGAACUUGCUGACAAUGAAUAUAUUAUACUACAGUUUUGGUUUAUGAAUGAAAUAAAUACUGACACCAGUCUAUAAGACAUUCUACUUUUUACAAUAAAUUUCAUUUGUAAUUUUAUAUGUUCCGUGGCAAUGCUUUUGUGCAUUACAUCCUCUAGAGGGAACAUAAAAAGAUACCAAUAAAAUUUUGUAGCUGAACAGUUAUU